GUUGGAGAGCCUAAGUCUCAUCUUGGUUUCAAAUAUGGGAUAGAACCCCCAUUAGAAUUGCCCUAAGGGGCAUGCGGCAUACUAGAAGUGACCGGAAGGAGCUUUAUUUUUCAAUCGGCAAUUACGGAUCACAGAUCUGCUAUUCCGUUAUAACAUUGGUUGUGAUGAUCUGACAAAUAUGGUGAGGGAUAGUGCCUUUUAUGCUAUAUUGGAUAUCAAUGUUGACGCCUCUGAUAUUCAGAUAAAAAAGGCUUAUUAUCAGAAGGCAACAGAAGUUCACCCUGAUAAAAAUCAUGGAGAUCCAAAGGCUGCCGAAGAUUUCAUAGCACUUGGUGAAGCUUAUCAGGUCUUAAUUGAUCCUGAGAAGCGUGGAUGGUAUAACAAGCAUGGAAAGCUAUGCAUACCACAGGACUUCUGGUUACACAGUUACUGUGUGUACGGGAUGGUUUAUGGGAGUCAGUGCUUUAAAGAUUACAUUGGCGAAUUUGCUUCGACUACUUUCUUAUCAUGUCUUGAAAUGGAAGAAGAGGCAGAGGAUCCUGAAGUCCGAAACAAGAGAGCUUGGGAGAAGACACAGAAAUUGCUGGAGGAAAGGCAUGAAAAGCUCACUAAGAUUAUGAUAGAUCGCAUUCAACCAUAUGUUGAUGGUCAUAUAGAUGAGUUUGAAAAAUUAGUAGAUUCAGAAGCCCGGCGCCUAUCAACAGCUGCCUUUGGAGAGUGUCUUCUACAUACACUAGGUAUUGCAUACAUGACAAAAGCUGCAAAUGAACUGAAAGGAAAGGAGGAAUGCGGGAGAACAAAGUGGAUCAAAGUAAAUGGUCCCAAAGGAUUCGAGAUGAGGUCGCAAAUACAUGCAGCCAAAGAGUCUGAACGUACUGUGGGACGACUAGAUCGUACAAACCAAUCUCAACAUGACAAGGAAGGAGAUUUACGGCUACACAUUUUUAGUUAUCUAAACAACUGGAGGAUUGAUAAUGCAUGGAGUACUAAUGUAGUCGAUAUUGAUACAAUUUCGUCAUAUAUUUGCAAAGCAAUACUUAAAGACUCCACUGUAUCUAAAGAUGUUCUGAGGCUUCGGGCAGAAGCAUUGGCUAAGUUGGGAAAAAUCUUCAAAGGUGCGAAUCCUCCUUACCGUAGAGAGUACAAUAUCUGCCUUGAAGAUGGACAGCAGAAUGAAAAUGAGGACUCUGAUUACUCAGAUUAAUUGCUUCAUACCACAUCAAGUAUCUCCAUUGUUGAAUGUGGGUUAUUGACGGUUAUCGGUUAUCUUUACAGCUUCACAAGAUGUCCAUCUGCCGAGUGUUAUUUUUAUUUAUAGAAAAUUACAUAUAAAUGUCAUUUUUUUUUUUUUUGAGAAGCAUAUAAGUGUCAUUUUGAGACUUAUAUUAGUCACAAGGCCACCUACAUUUUUUUUGUACAAAUAAGGCCACUUUUGGGCCCAAAAUCAUCAGCUCUUUUUUAUGU